AUGUUUGUGAUGUCCAUCAAUAUUGGAUUGUCCUCAGUUUUGAGACAAUUUAAUACUCGGCUGAAGCUUGUGGAGGGAAAGUGCAUGCCUGUGGCUUUCUGGGCACAGCAGAAGAAGGACUACCAAUUGCUAUGCGGUCUUAUUGAGAUGAUGGAUAGGACACUGGCACAUAUAAUUGUUCAGUCAUUUCUUUCCAAUCUAUACUACAUUUGUGUCCAGCUCUUGAACAACCUCAACAAUAUGGAACCAUGGACUUACAGUGUAUACUUCUGGUUCUCACUCUUCUACCUUAUUGGUAGAACUAUUGGGAUGUGUCUGUUUGGGGCUGAGAUUCACACAGAAUCCAGAAAGCCCGCUCUCAUUCUGAGAAAAAUUCCCACAGAAGGAUGGAAUGUUGAAACUGAGAGAUUCCUCGAGCUCAUCAACAAUCAAUGUGUAUCCCUGACAGGAAAUGGAUAUUUCUUCAUAACCCGUCCAUUCCUUCUCUCACUCACCGGAACAAUUGUGACUUACGAACUUGUUCUCAUGCAAUUCAACGAAUCCGGUACUUUGGACUCUCCAAGUUCCGAUCCUUGCGAAUAAUUAAAUUGUC